ACGAUGCUCACAGUUGUGUCGACCGUUCUGCUUGCGACUACCUGCUGAAAUAUGAACAAGUUUCUGGUCUUUGUCGGUGCUGCGUUGUUGCUGGUCGUAGCCAUAAUCUCUUCACCAGCGGAAGCUGUAGCUGUGGCAGCACCACAGUUCGGACACCAUGGACCACCACACCACGGACCACCACACCAUGGACCACCACACCAUGGACCACCACACCACGGACCACCACACCAUGGACCACCACACCAUGGACCACCACACCAUGGUCCACCUCACCAUCAUGGUUGAGUGAUUGACUAACAACUGUUGUCGCAGUGUCAUUCACUUGCAUUUCAUCAUUCCGAUGAUCAGAAGUACCUUGCUGAUGGCCACAUAAUUCUUGGCUAGGCAAUAUGAUGUAUGUGUACAAAUUGGUUAUUGUUUGCAAUAAAUAAUUACAAAUCAAAGCUA